UUACUUUUAAUGAAUUUCCGGUAAUAGGGAUGAAAUCUGAUUCAGCGUUAACUAGACUGACUAGUCUAGAUUAAAUUUAGAUUAAAUUAGUCUAUAUUAAAUUUGGUAUUUUUUAUCAUAUGGUGUGCAUAAAGUAGACUAUGGAUUCAGAAGAAGACGUUGAACAAAACCCAUCAUCGACACCUGCAAGUCCAGUCGGAAGUUAUGUUCACAGUCAACCUGGUUCACCUGCAAGAUCACGCUCUAGAAGUAGAUCUGGAUCAAGGGCACAGUCACGGUCUAGAAGUAGAUCUGGAUCAAGGGCACAGUCAAGGUCAAGAAGUAGGUCAGGCUCAAGGGCUAAAUCUCCUUCUAGAAGCAGAUCAGGUUCUAGAGCAGCAUCCAGGUCAAGAAGUAGAUCGAGAUCUGGGUCACCUGCCAAUUCAGUUGGAUCUGUACAGAAAGCUUCUGGUAAUGAAAGUGAUGAGGAAGUGAAUACCAAAGUACAGUCAGAAGAAGAGGAUAGAGACCACCCGUCCUCACCACCUGUAAGCCCUGUUGGCAGUGGAGGUCAGAGUCCUGUUGGUUCUCCUGUGAGGUCACAUUCUCGAAGCAGAUCAGGCUCUAGAGCAAGGAGUAGAAGUCCAUCUGUUACAAGAGCGCAGUCCAGGUCCAGAAGCAGAUCUGGCUCCAGGGCUAAGUCUGGUUCUAGAAGCAGGUCUGGGUCCAGGGCUAAGUCAGGUUCCAGAAGUAGAUCUAGGUCACCAGCUAGUUCAGUUGGCUCAGUUCAAAAGUCCUCAGAGAAGGGAAAUGAUAGCAGUGAUGAAAGACCUGUAAAAAAAUCAAGAAAAAUUUUAUCAGACAGCGAGGAAGAUCAAGAAGUUAAUCCUGCAUCACCUCCAGUGAGUCCAGUUGGUAGUGGCAGGCGCAGUCAGUCAGGUUCACCUGCAAUAAGUAGAUCCAGAAGUAGGUCUGGCUCCAAACCUAGAAGUCGGUCUGGUUCUAGAGCAAAGUCAGGAUCUAGAAGUCGAUCUGGUUCUAGGGCAAAGUCAGGAUCUAGAAGUCGAUCUGGUUCUAGAGCAAAGUCAGGAUCUAGAAGUAGAUCAGGUUCCAGAGCUAACUCAGGAUCUAGAAGUCGAUCUGUUUCCAGAGCUAAGUCAGGAUCUAGAAGUAGAUCAGGUUCCAGAGCAAAAUCGGGAUCUAGAAGUCGAUCUAAUUCCAGAGCUAACUCAAGAUCUAGAAGUAGAUCAGGUUCCAGAGCAGGGUCUAGGUUGAGAAGUAGAUCAAGAUCAAGGUCACGUGCUAGCUCAGCUGCAUCAGUUCAGAGAGUGUCUGACAAGGAGAAUGAUAGUGAAGAUGAAGUACCAAGAAAAAAAUCAAGAAAAAUUCUAUCUGAUGAUGAAGACGGAAAAGGUAAAGGCAGUGGGGAUGAAGGUGAAAAAGAAAAAGAUGAAUUGAUUGCUGAUAUUUUUGGCUCAAGCGAUGAAGAUGAAGAGUUUGAAGGCUUUGAUGCAAGUGAAGUGCCAAAGAAAGAGAAAAAGAAGAAGGCUGCUGUAAAGUCUGAUGAAGAAGAUGAGCAAGGACCAUCAGGUCUGGGGGAAGAAGGCAGUAAUGAAGCCAUGGCUGAAGGUCAAGGGUCAGAUGAUGAGAACAUGGAUGAGGCUAGGAAGAGUGGAGAAGGCAUGUUUGUCUCAGACUUUGACCUGAUGAUGCAGAAAAAAAAAGAAGAAAUGUCUCGGCAGCGUAGAAAGAGAAAAGAUGUUGACCUCAUUAAUGAUAAUGAUGACCUCAUUGCUGAUCUCAUAGUGAAGAUGAAGGAAGCUGCUAAUCUGGAUAGAGAACUAAAUCAAAAGAAGGAAGUAGCAACCAAAAAAAUCAAAAUGCUGCCAUAUGUGGUCAACCAGUUGAAGAAAUCUGACCUUCAUGGUAUUUUCUUGGAAUCAGGCAUACUAAGUGCCAUGACAGAAUGGCUUGCUCCACUCCCAGACAAAAGUUUACCUCAUCUUCAAAUACGAGAGAACUUUCUUCGGAUUUUACAACAGUUCCCAUCAAUGCAUGGUGACAUGCUAAAGUCAAGUGGAAUUGGUAAAGCCAUCAUGUAUCUUUAUAAACAUCCCAGAGAAAUCAAAGAAAACAAAAUCAUUGCUGGAAAGCUAAUAAAUGAGUGGUCACGUCCAAUAUUUAAUCUCACUUCAAACUAUAAGAAUUUGUCAAAAGAAGAAAGAGAGCAAAGGGAUUAUGAACAGUUGCCAAAGAAACGUAGAACUAGCUUGGAAGGUGCACAGACUCCAAAGCGAGACAUAGAUAAAGCCUUAGUCGGAGAGAAAAAAGCUUUAAGACCUGGUGAUCCAGGUUGGGUCUAUCGAGCCAGAGUUCCUAUGCCAUCAAAUAAAGAUUAUGUAGUCAGACCAAAAGCCAGCUCAGAGUACCAGCCACCACAAAAGAGCUCUUCUAAAAAAGAUAUCACACGUUAUGAGAAGCACAAGAGGGCAUUCAUGGAGAAAAAGAAAUUUUCCAAGACAAUAAAGGCAGUGUCCAUUAGCAUAGAAGGAAGAAAUAUGGCCUUAUGAGUAUUACAGAACCAUUUGUACAUAUGUAUUAUAAUAAUUGUUUUAUGCUUGUCUGUUGUACUGAAGUUUCAAAUGGUUGAGAGAGUUGGACAUUUUGGCAUGGUUUAUUGUUUUGAUCCUAUCAAUUAAUAUGUUAGUAGGUACAGUGGAAUCCUGCUAUACUAUGAUAACUAGGGUCCAUAAAAUCAAAUUUCUAUGAUGUGUGGAUUUCACAUUCUUCUGAAAAGAAUUUAAGUUUAAAAUUUUGAUAAUCUAAUUUGAUUUUUUACAUUUUUUUCCUGGAAGCAUUCAAAAAGAAACAGAUGACAAUAAAUACAAUUUUAACUUGCUUCUAUCUUUGCAUUGUUAGGUGUCCACUGUAGAACCAUUAAUUAUCAAUUAUCUUUGGGAGCUGGGUUGUCAAUGGAUAUAGAUAAUUAUUUGGUCAAUGUUGAUUUUUGUUUCAUGAUUUCUUAUUCAUUAAUGUCAUAUAAUUGGUAUAUAUUUUUAGUUUCUGUUCUUACAUUCAAAAUAAACCUGAAGGUUUUUAUUAGUGUUUGACAGUUUCAGUAAUUUUUUUCUUUCUAAGCCUUGAAGAACUUUUAUUUUUCAAAGCCCAGACUUAUAUUAUUCUAACACUGAAAUCGCCUGAUUUAGAUUUUCUGGGACAUUCUUGACUAGAUUCAUUUUCACUAGUUCCAGCCUUCAAAUUUAUUUUUGAGCUAUAAUUUUUAUCAUGUUAACUUCAAAGCUGGGCACAGUGGGAAAGAUUUUUUAAAAAGUAAUAACAAAACUUCCUUUUGAAAAAAUUGGCUAAUGUAAAUUGAUUUAGAACAAGAGAAAAUCUUAAAAGCUAGAUUAAAAUGAUAUGCAGUAUAUAAUCUUUUAUGUUAUGUUGCAGGCUGAUGAAAUGCUAUUCAAGGUUUUUCUUGAAAUGUCUUGAUAAAGACAUUUAGUUUAAAAUUAAACUGUUGAUCACAAAAUGUAGUACUCUAUAAAACAUUUUUGUAAGCAUAACACCAUAGCAAACAUAACAAAUUGUUGGUCCUUAACUCUCGAAAUAUUACACAUUAUAUACAAAUUCCAUGACCAUGAUAUGUGGCUUGAGUUUGGUUACUGAUAAAAGAUUUGCAGUAUCUAACUGUAAAGAUACCAUACUUGAUUUGAAUAUUUCAUUUAAAAAAAAUUGUUUUUUAAAUUUCAUUUUGUCUCAAAGGAUAUUAAGUUUAUCAGGUAUAGAUAAAAUCAUCUAAAAAAAAAGAAUAAUUUAAUUUUGAAGAAAAAGUAUUGAAACAAUAACAUAUUUUAAUUUUCAAUUGUUUUUUUUUUUUAUGACUUUUUCUUUUUGUAUCAAUACCUGGAAGAUAGUGAUUUGUUGUUGAGAUGUUCAUUUAUGCUGACUUCAUAGAUUGUAUAUACUCUGACUUCACAAUUUUGAUUGAUGAUAUAUGUUUAUAAAGUGUUAAUAAAAGUGAUUUCGACUUUU